AUGACCCAAGAGUUGACCCUCAUCGUCGCCGCAGCCCGGGGAAUGGGCAUCGGCCUGAAUGGUUCCAUGCCGUGGAAAGGUCUUCGCAAGGAGAUGCAAUACUUUGCACGUGUAACGACGCGUGUCAAUGGUCCCGGUCUCAACGCCGUAGUAAUGGGCCGCAAAACAUGGGACUCCAUCCCCCCCAAAUUCCGUCCCCUAAAAGAUCGUCUCAACAUAGUCAUCUCUAGAUCAGCAGGAACAACGACAACCUUUCCUUCUCUGUCCGCAGAAGCAGCAGCAGAAAACAAGGCAGGACCCGUGAGGGUCUCAUCUCUCACCGAGGCCCUACAGGUCGCCCGGUCCGCCAACGUCAACCGGAUCUUCGUCAUGGGCGGAGCGCAGAUAUACCACUCUGCCCUGGCGCUUCCCCAGGCCAAGAGGAUACUCCUGACCUCCAUCGACGCCGAAUAUGAAUGCGAUACCUUCUUCCCCGUCACUCUAGACGCUUCGGCAGAACAGGCGGGGACCCAGUGGAUCAAAAAGUCUAAUGACGAGUUGAGAGAGUGGACGGGGGAGGAAGAUGUCGCCGAGGAAGGACAGGACGAGGCUGGUGUGCGGUAUCGGUUUGAGAUGUGGGAGAGGUCUUGA